ACUUAUUUUAGUGGUGCUGAAAAGCAAUUUAUGAAUUUAUAACUAUAGCAAGACAAACUCCACCUUUCAAUGGCGGUGGAAACUAGCUACCUAGCCAUUGGCAACCAUAGUCUGAACAAAUAUGAAUGAGUUUUUGAUAUGGGUAAAGUCAAAGAGUUGGUACAGUCAAGUCCAUUGUGUGGAGAUAACAGCAAGCUAAGUCUGACUUUGCAUCAGUGAAAUUACUACAGAGACGUCAACAUUGACUACAAAGAAGCAAAAGUGUUUGAUUAUUAAUGGCUACUACUUAUCCUCCUGAAGCUACACACCACACUUUCAAGCUUUCUAUGGAGACUGCACAAGAGCUUCAACUGCAAACCAGAGUUGAUGAAAGUAGAUCAGAUUUCCAUGGAAACACCUCUUGGAACUCUGUCGGUAGCCCGAUGAGACUUCCUAAACUCGUCCAUUACAAGUGGUGGCUUCGGAUAACAAUCUACAUCCUUUUUCUUCUCACUGGUCAAUCUGCAGCUACUCUCUUAGGAAGAUUUUAUUAUGACAAAGGUGGGAAUAGCAAAUGGAUGGCAACUUUUGUUCAAUCAGCCGGCUUCCCAGUUCUGCUUCCUCUCCUACUUUUCUUUUCAUCAACAUCCAAAAUAACCACAACCCUUAACACUCCCUCAGAAAAGCAACCAAAAGUCUCUUCACUUAUCUUCCUUUACCUUUUCUUUGGCUUGCUCUUAACAGGAGACAACUUAAUGUAUUCAUAUGGGCUUCUCUACCUCCCUGUGUCUACUUACUCUUUACUAUGUGCAACCCAAUUGGCUUUCAAUGCACUAUUCUCAUUCUUUCUCAAUUCACAGAAAUUCACUCCUUUUAUACUCAAUUCCCUAGUCCUCGUCACCGUUUCUGCUUCCCUUCUUGCAGUCAAUGCUGAUUCAGAAAAUUCCACAAACACCUCAAGGGCAAAGUAUGUGAUUGGUUUCCUAUGCACACUUGGUGCUUCUGCUACUUAUUCACUGUAUCUUUCCUUGGUUCAGCUAUCCUUCCAAAAGGUCUUUAAAAAGGAGACAUUUUCUAGUGUCUUGAAUAUGCAAAUACACCCAUCGUUUGUAGCUACAUGUGGAUGUGUUUUGGGACUCUUUGCAAGUGGGGAAUGGAAAAGUUUGGGGAAAGAGAUGAAGGAAUACAAAGAAGGGGAAGUUUCCUAUAUAAUGACAUUGAUUUGGACUGCCAUAACUUGGCAAAUUUCCUCAGUGGGUUUGUUGGGUUUGAUUUUUGAAGUCUCUUCCCUGUUUUCCAAUGUCAUUAGUACUUUAGCUUUGCCUGUGGUCCCCAUUUUGGCUGUCAUAUUUUUCCAUGAUAAAAUGAAUGGUGUGAAGGUGAUGGCUUUGGUUUUGGCUAUUUGGGGCUUUAUUUCAUACAUCUAUCAGCAUUAUUUAGAUGAUUUGAAAUCCAAAGCAAACAAAAACAGUGGUAAUGAAGUCUCUAGGAUAGAGGCUUGUUGAUGUACAAUAUUCUUGAUGAUAGGUGUAGGAUAUUUGGGGUUGGUUUGGAAUACAUGAUUGAGUUAGAUUUGAUUAUUUGAAGUAUUAUUUAAUUAAAUUAGAUUAAUUUUAAAAUAA